GAGCUUAAUUAACCACUAUAAGGUGUGGUAAGGAUCUGUCCCUUGUUCUAUGUAAACCAUGGCAAAGUUGAAACAUGUCCUGGUCAUACCAUUUCCUGCACAAGGUCAUGUCACUCCUCUCCCGAAACUCUCACACUGUAUUGCUGAUUAUGGGGUCAAGGUUACGUUUGUGAACACAGAGUCCGUUCAUGCGCAAGUGAUGGCUACAAACCCUGGAUUGGAUGAGGGAUCGAAUCGGGUUACGUUUGUCGCGAUUCCGAAUGGGCUCAAAACUAAUGAGGAGCGAAAGGAUUUCCCUAAGCUGCAGGAGAGCAUGUCAAGGGUGAUGCCGAGCUAUUUGCGGGAGUUGAUCGAGAAAGUGAAGAAGCGAUCAAAUGGCAAUGAAGAGCGGAUCAGCUUCAUAAUUGCGGACUCGACCACCGGAUGGGCACCGGAAGUCGCCGAAAAUGGAAUCAAGCGAGCCGGGUUUUGGCCCGCCUCGGCUUCGACCCCGGCCUUGAAUCUUCAAAUACCGAAGUUGAUCGAGGGUGGAAUCGUAGACAACAAUGGCGUUGCUCUGAAGAAUGAUCUCAUCACUAUAUCGAAGGACCUUCCUUCAUAUAAGAGCACCGACCUCCCUUGGAGUUACCUUGAAGACCCAAUGAUGCAGAAAGUAUUUUUCAGAUUCGCAUUGUCCAUCCUCCAAUAGAGCAAAUGCACAAACUCAUUCCUUUUCAAUUCAUUUCAUGAACUCGAGGCAUCGGCCCUCGGUGUCACUCCAGGAGCUCUCCCCAUUGGUCCGUUAAUAGGGAGCACACGAUUAUUCCAUCGCAGAGGAAGCCUGUGGAAUGAGGACUCAACCCGCUUGAACCGGUUAGACCAACAUCCGGCCCCGUCCGUCAUCUACGUCGCCUUCGGAAGCACGACGUAUUCAGCCCGAGAACAAUUCUAUGAGCUCGCCCACAACCUUGAACAAAUCGCUCGGCCAUUCCCGUGGGUCGUACGCCCGGACCUCACCGACGGGCCGACCACCGAGUUCCACGACGCAUUCCUCCAAAGGGUGAGGAACUAUGGGAAGGUGGUCCAAUGGGCACCACAAGAUGAGGUCCUAGCACACCCUACGGUGGCAUGCUUCUUCACUCACUGUGGUUGGAAUUCCACACUGGAAGGCUUGAGCAAUGGAGUCCCACUUCUCUGCAGGCCUUACUUUGGAGAUCAGCACCUGAACAGGAGUUACAUAUGUGAUGUGUGGAGGGUGGGUCUAGGAGUUGAUGGUGAUGAAAAUGGAUUUAUAACCAGGCAUGAAUUGAGAGAAAAGGUAUCAGUAGUUCUUGGGAGUAGUGAGAUAAGGUCGAAUUGCCCGAGGGUGAAAGAGAUGGCUAGGAAGAGUGUUGGUGAAGGAGGUUUCUCCCUCAAGAAUGUGCAGAGCUUCAUUGAACUCAUGAAGGCUUGAGAGUUCUUCCCGUUGCUGCUGUUCAAUGGCUAAGAUUAAGUUAUGUUUUACUCUUUUACAAAUCAAACUCAUAAUGUCUUACUCUGUUUUAAUUUGCCGGUUCUAGUUAAG